AUGUCUGGAAUACGACCGCAGAUAAUGCUUUCUCGAGCAGCUCGACGAUAUGUAUCGACUUCUAGAGGCCCAAGAGGGCCCCGGGGCAUCCUUAACAAGGCACGCUUGCCAUCUCGCAUCACACCUCGGCCGUCGAGAACGUCUCCGUUGUCUGCAAAUACCCGCCACCAGUCCUCGCAACAGCCGAACCAGCAGAACCAACAGCCCCAUUCGAACAAGCCAGAUGAGAAAGUUGAACAGACACCAGAAGAGCCGUCCAAAAAUGCCCUUGUGGCUACAGCACUUGCCGAGAACCAAUCCUCGGAUCUCGUAGCACCAGUAACAAUCCCAGAUGACCCGAAUGGCGUCCUCACACCGGGCCAUCCAGCAUGGCAUAUGCUCAACAACAGUUCACUGGUUAUACAACGACAGAUUGAGAUGAUGAACGUCUUUCUUGGGUUCGAACAGGCCAACAGAUACGUUAUUAUGAACGGCAGAGGAGAAACAAUCGGAUACAUGGCCGAGCAGGACCACGGUAUGGGUAGUAUGCUGGUACGACAGAUGGCAAAGACCCACCGCAGUUUCACUUGCCACAUAUUUGACAACAGUGAGAGGGAGAUUCUGCGCAUCCAUCGACCUUUCUCCUGGAUCUCAUCACGCAUCCGCAUCUACGAUCCUACUACCCCAGGCGACUACACCACGUCAGAUACACUCCAAGGAACUUCUAUCCAAUCAACCAUAAAUCAAACCUCCGCAGCACAAGUAUCUCCUCUCCCUCUGACAGACAUGCGCAUCAUCGGCGAAGCACAACAACAGUGGGCACCCCUUCGCCGUAAAUACAACCUCUUCAACCACCGUUCCAUCGCCCCCGCAAACGACAACGCACCAAAGCUCACCUCUGGAGAUACUCCCAACACCUCAGCCAAAGCCCUCACCGUCACAGAAGGCACCUCAGAACAAGCCAUCGAAGCCGGCAUGCAACAAUUCGCCUACGUCAACGAACCCUUCCUCUCCUGGGACUUUUCGCUCAAAGACGCAGACGACCGCAAGAUUGGCAGUGUGAAUCGCAACUUUGUCGGUUUUGCGCGAGAGAUCUUUACGGAUACUGGUGUUUAUGCUUUGCGUAUGGAUUCUGCUGCUGAAGAGGUGCAGAACCAGGAGCAAAUGGCAAUGACUUUGGAUCAGAGGGCUGUCAUGCUUGCCACUGCUGUCAGUAUCGACUUUGACUACUUCUCCAGGCACAGCGGUGUCGGUGGCGGAGGGUUUGGGUUCUUCCCAAUGUGGUUCCCUGGUAUGGGCGGCGGCGCUGCUGAGGGAGGAGCAGUGGGUGGAGCAGUCGGCGGAGCAGCCGGUGAGGUCGGAGCCGCAGAAGGAGCUGCAGGCGCCAUGGGCGGUGCCGCAAGAGGAGCCGCAGGCACAGAGGGCGCCAUUGGAGCUGCAGGCACCAUGGCAGGAGUAGAAGCCAUGAACCGCGGCGGCUGGGGCAACCAACAAGCCGACGACGCGAGCCCCCAAGCACCUCUAGACCCAUACCAAAACGACCCCAACAUCGGCCCAUCGCAAGGAGAUACCUGGGGCGAGCAAAGCCCCUGGGCUCAACAAUCACAACAACCACAAGACGAUCCUUGGGGUAAUCAAGGAGGAGGUUCUGACGGUGGUGAUGGAGGCGGCGAUGGCUUUGACUUUGACGAUUUCUUCUAG